GUCAUCUCUAGGAAGUGUGGUAAAAAGGAAAAGAAAAAAAGUCAGAACUGUUCCGUGAACAGCAGAGAGCUCAGAUAGAAAUGUGUAGUAGGCAAGGCGACGGAAAAUACUGAGAAGAUUAGCCAGGCAAUAGGUUUUAAAGCGAAUGUUAACCUGCGUGAGUCACUCUGUAACUGCAGGUUCACUUGUCUCGACUGGAUUUGACUGCUGAAGGUGUGCUGCUGACUUUAGGUUGAAGUUUGUGCACCUGAUAGGAUCUCUGGUGUAGUAUAGGUGUACCUGCGGCUCAAGGGUAAUAAAGGCACAAUAAGAAAUAGCAUUUACAAGCAGGGCAAAGACACAAGAAGACAAUAUUUUUUUGACUGGUAAUAUCUGUGAGAAGUUUUAGGUUAGUUCAGAGGAGCAUAAUUGCACUUUGUCUUUGCCAACUCUUCUCUGGAUAUCCCAAAUUAACGACGUCUCGAGUCAAAGGAUUUUUUUUUUCCUGUUGGUGCCUUUUCACUUCGAGGAUUUAAAAAAAAAGAGUUUCAGAACCCAAACCAUCUGCUGAAAUAUUCCUCUUUCCUGGAUCAUGUACCAGGACUACUCCGGGAACUACGACACCUCGUCCCGCGGCAGCAGCACCUCUCCGGCCCAGCCAGAGUCCUUUACAAGCGGCAGCAGCACGAUCGGAAGUCCGAUCUCUACCUCAAGCUACCAGAAGUACAGGGUCGACAUGCCCGGCUCUAACAGUGCCUUCAUACCCACCAUCAAUGCAAUCACGACCAGCCAAGACCUGCAGUGGAUGGUACAGCCCACCGUCAUCACCUCCAUGUCCAACCCUUACUCCCGCUCCCACCCAUAUGGCCAUCACCUGACCAACGGGCCUGGGCUGCUGGGACACAACACGCUGGCUCGACCCGGGGUCAUCCGCUCCAUUGGAGACGCCAGGGGCCGACGCAAGAGGGAUGAACAGCUCACCCCAGAGGAAGAGGAGAAAAGGAGGGUGAGGCGUGAGAGGAAUAAGUUAGCCGCCGCCAAAUGCCGCAACCGCAGGCGAGAGCUCACAGAGAUGCUGCAAGGGGAGACUGAGAAGCUGGAGGAGGAGAAAGCAGACCUGCAGAAGGAGAUCGAAAGCCUGCAGAAGGAGAAAGACAAGCUGGAGUUCAUGCUGGUUGCCCACAAUCCCGUGUGCAAGCUGCCCAUCGAGGAGCGCCAUCAGCCAUCAGGGCACCAGCAGCACCAGCACCAGCACCCGCACCAGCAGCAGCAGUGCGCCCCCCUCCCCCUGACCAUGCGCCCCAACUUGGGAACCCGGGCUCACAUGAACCAAGUGGUAGUGAAGCAAGAGCCAGAGGAUGACGAGGAGGCGUUGGGCAAGCAGCAGCACUCCGUCAUCAAGCCAAUCUGCCUGGGUGGCAGUGGUGUCAGUGGUGGGAUGUACUGCACAGAUGGAGACAGCCUGAACACACCAGUGGUGGCAGCGUCCACCCCAGCCUCCACACCCAAUGCCCCGAGCCUCAUAUUCACCUACCCAAGCAUGCUGGAGCCCGAGAGCCCCUCACCCUCCUCCGAGUCCUGCUCCAAGGCUCACCGGCGCAGCAGCAGCAGCGGCGACCAAUCCUCAGACUCCCUCAACUCUCCCACUCUCCUGGCCCUCUGAGCGAGGGCUCGGCUCGGCGCAGCUGAGAAACAAACACUGUGGCUGAAGGCAAGCAUGAGCAUCAACUACGCGCCCCCCGACUCCCAGUGUCUUUUAAAGACCCAAGAGCACAUUCAACAGUCCAGACCAAGCUGACCAUGUGAGCCGUUUCCCCUUCCGCAGGGAGACCCACAAGGGCUACGCCAUGUGUUUCUUCUUGUUCUGCUUCAGUGUAAUUUUUUUUUUUUUUUUGUUUGUAAAAUCGUGUGCACCAAUCCUAAGACGUGUCAUCCCUUCGCCAUUUCAACUCCAGAGUGUCAACUUGUUUACUGAGCAGACAAUUCCGAAGAAAAACAUGCCAAAAUCUGGCAAUUGUGAGUUCAUGUGACUAAACCAGAGAGCGCAUUCUUAAUAUAUUUUUUUGAAAAUGUUUAAAAAGCCAUGUGGCCGACACUUGCACUCUGCCAAGACGAAUCAAUAAAUCACUAAGCGAGGUCAGCGUUCUACUGGAAUUUCAGAGGAGAGAAAGAGACAAUGAGCAAAGACUUCCUCUCAUCGUUUUUUUCCAUCUUAGAUAUGUCCUUUCAUAACUUGGACCUUGAUUCAGGAAUCGCUACUUAGAGUGUACACACAUUUCUAACGCUAUUUCCAUCUCUUUAAUUGUAUUUAUGGCCUGUGCUGAUUAAAUUUUACAGUGUUUCGUUGAGACAUUGUCCUCUCCUUAAUCUGCCUGUAGAAAAGCAAAAUGGUCAUCACUUGGUGACCAAAAGCACUCCUCAGUGUUUCAAAGGAUACGAGCCAACUUUCAAUCAAUGACUAGUUCCUCAAUACUCUAUACCUUCUAUUUUGCCAUAGCGGCGUGACUUUACAGUAGUAUUGGUGUGCUUUUCCUCAGUGAUUCUGUACCUGAACUUUACAACAUGUUUAUGACAAAGUGUAUGUGAUUUACAUUGAUGUCAGGGAUAUCUCUCAUGUGUAGUAGAACCCCAUCGUGAAGAACGUUGCAGGACUUCAGGCUGUCGUACGGUCUAGCCAAAGUGUUGCAGAGGUGGUACGAUAAGUGAAGGGACGAUAAACUUUGUGUCAUGUCAAGAAAGGUUUGCCUUUUUGCUCAGACCCUGCGAAGAGACACAGAAGUUUGAACAAGCCCCUCUUCUACUGAAUUCUGCACUUCUCUCUUUGUUUCUUACAUAAAUAAAGGUCUAACCUUUUUCAACACUGCCUCUCAGGGCAGGUCAGGUUUCAAAAAGCCAAAAAGGUUUGUAUGACACAUGUUAUCCUGUAAUUCGUCCAUCUUUGUCUAAAAGGAGGGAUUUUGCUCAAUUUAAAAAAAAAAAAAAAAAAGCCACUGUGGUCUAGACUGUCGCCAGCUGCCAAUGAUGUCAACCCUGUUCAUACUGUGUUUGUAAAUCUGUCACUUUUAGUAAAGAAAUGAUGUUUCGAUUGAACUCAGAUGUGCUGAUUUAUGGGUGUAUGAACAUACGCCAGCGCCGAGGUACUCAGUGGAAACUUAGUGCAAGCAAAUAAGGGCCAGACACAGUUCACUUUUUGACAAUAAGGAAGGGAUAAGAAGACUCUACAGCUGGCCUGAGAUGAAAGACAGGACACUUUGAGAAGAUGUAAUAUUUCUGAGGUUCUAUGAAGCACUUCUUGUUCAUUAUUUUUACAUGUGUGUAUCUUAAAGGGAUGAGGGUUUUCAAUACUGUGCACUGAGAAGGACACAACAGCGAUAUUUGGGACUUUUUUGUUUACUUCAAACAUUCCUAAUGAAUACAAUGUCGGGGAUCAAAGGGGGGAUGUCAUCUUUGUGCGAAGCCUUUUUGUUAUCAGAGGAGUAAAAGUUGUGGUUAUUAAGGAUUUUGCAAUUCAAUACAAGCUGCUGCUACUUUGAAAAGAACACGUUGGCUAUUUAUCAUUUGAAGAUGCUGAGUUUAACAUCACUGGUUGUGAUAUCGAAUGGAUGCGACAGGAAAUAUUUGAUCCUGUAUGAUAACAUAAAGAGGUGAAAUGAUAACCAAAAACAUUACUGUGGGCGAGUCUGAUAUGUCUGUACGUUGAAAUAUUCUGGAGCCCCUCGACACACAUAGAAAAGCCAUUGACUGUAGAUCUUCUGCUGUACAUGUCAUCUACUGUCUGUCGCCUGUUUUCAACUACUAUUACUUCUUUUCCAAAUGCUUUAACUGUUUAAAAUGAUUCAAAAUUAAUAAAAAACAGCAAUAUGGAUAGCAGUGUUUGUUAAUUUAAAUGAAUAAUAAUAAAAAUCAUUUUCAACCUGAA